AUGUUCAGAACUGCGAGACUUCUGAACUCAUUGACUUCGACGAGCCAACCCAUCAAGAUACACAGCGCCCAGUCCCUAGUACAGGUCAACCGUUCAAAGCGCAUAUCUCACCUACUCGUAUUUCACUCUACGAAUCAUUGCUAUCAUCUACACUCGGAUCGCAUUAGAAUCGAUGGCGUAGUCCAGCCUAUUCACGUCUGGGCAGAUCGCAGUAGAUGGUACAAGCGUACGGAUUCGUUAUGGUGGAGCGUGAUUUGCAAAAAGGAUGCAGCACUCAUGAGACGAACUGUCAGGAGCUAUACUGCUAGAAGGGUGCGAAACGCAGUAACGGAGAGUUUGAAGAAACAGGGGUAUAAUCCUGAUGGGUCAAGAUUGGUGGAAGACGGAGUUCCAAACCUGUUCGGAACCCUACAAGUUAUGCCUAGAAGUAAAGCCCUAACGGCGAAGUAUGUGGAAAUUUUGAAGGAAACGGACUUGGUCGUCAAAUUAAUAUCUUCUCCCGGGAGCGCUAAAAAGUUACAGGAGAUCUUGGAACGGAAAACGGCCAAGUUUGAAUCGGGCAAGACGAAGUCCAACACCAGAAGUGUUCCCAUUGUGUCUUCAUUGUAA